AUGAGGAUUCAUCCCCUUCCGUGGCUGCUGGCCAUCUCCCCUGCUUUUGUUCGUGCACAGAGUCCGCAGUCUGUCCGGGACUGUCCGCUACCAUGUGAUUUUGUUAAUGGCACAUCCUGGCUGCCGUAUGGCCAGAUCAGUGACCUUGACCGGUGUAACGAGACGGUCCUUUUCCAGGUGAUGUUGUACCAGCCCCUGAACGACCCGGAGAUUGGUUCCAUCGUCCAGGCUUGCGCGGCGUCUACAUCGUCAUCUGUGAGUCUGCCGGCACCUGGUCCUGUCAACGACACGGCCCUGUUUAAGCGCAAGAGCUUCAAGAGCUUCAAGAGCUUCAAUGCGAGUGCCGUCAGCUCGGUCACGACCUUUGCGGCGGGCGCCACGUGUAUGGACCACGUCGACAAGCCGACAAGGGCGCAACGGGAGCUCCAGCUGCUGUGGUCGCCCGCAGGCGCGUCGAGUGUAUCUUCUGUGCCUGCUGUGGACGACGUCGACGACAUCCGCGCCUCGGCCGAGAACCUGGCGCAGUUUGUGACCCAGGACCUCUCGUGCACGGCCAGCAUCAUAUUUGCCAAGACGAACAACGUCACCAUGGGCGUUUAUGUCGGCGCGCAGGUCGAUAAGGCGCCCGCGGCAGCCUUUGUCCGCGAGCAUAUGAGCCAGUCCACCGUUUUACGCAUCGAAAGCAUUCAGGCUGCGCCCGGCCAGGUGGCCGUGCAGGUGUGCGGUAAAGAGCAGCUCAGCUCGCAGCAGCUCGGUGUGUUUGCCGACCUGACGGGCGACGCCUUGGCCGUGCAGACGGUGCUCCGCGAGUGGCACCGGGGCUACUGCGUUAACGGCACGUCGUACACGGAACGGUCUCUUGGUCGCGUCGAGCUCGGUAUGCUUCCGGGUCUGCUGCACGGCGGCGAUGUUGGCAGCUCCGGGCUCAACGGCGCGGCGACGAGAACAGUCAACGGGACAGUCAACGGGACAGUCAACGGGACAACGGCUCUACGCAAACGCAACGACUGCCAAGUGCGCAAGGUGGUACCAACCCAGGGCUGCCAGCAGACAGCACAGGCCUGCGGUAUCAGUACGGACGAUUUUAUCCGCUUUAACGGCGGCGAUCCCAACAUCUGUAGCACGCUGCAGGCCAACCAGCGUGUCUGCUGUUCGCCGGGCAGCCUGCCGGACACGGCCCUGCCGGCCAAGACAGACGGAACGUGCGCGUACGUGCAGCAGCAGGGCAAAGAGUACUGCAGCCAGCUGGCAGCCAAGUGCGGCGGCGAUGUGACGGUGGCCGAUCUGACGGCGAGCAACGGCGGCGACCCCGACUUUUGCAGCAACCUGCAGCAGGGCCAGUACGUGUGCUGCGGGCACGGCAAGAUGCCGGAUCUGUCGCCCAAGAAGAACGCCGACGGCAGCUGCUUCGUGUACGAGACCCAGCCGGGCGACAAUUGCGCCGCUAUCGCCGCGGCGCAUGCCAUCGCCGACAUCAAGCUACUCGACAAGUACAACAAGAACAUCUGGGGCUGGCUGCCGUGUCCGGCCCUACAAAAGAAAAUGCGUAUCUGCCUUAGCGACGGCGACCCGCCGCUGCCUAUACCCGUCGCGACGGCCGCGUGCGGGCCCCUUAAGCCCGGCACCGUGCGGCCUAAAGACGGUACGGCGCUCGCCGACGUCAACCCGUGCCCGCUCAACGUGUGUUGCAACGUAUGGGGUAACUGUGGUAUCGACAGCGACUUUUGCGUGCCGGCCCCGAUCCUUAACGGUGGGCCCGGCGCGGCCCGGCCCGGCAGCAACGGCUGCGUCUCCAGCUGCGGCAUGAAUAUUACUAAUAACGCCUCGCCGCCGCGCACGUUCCGCACCGUCGCCUACUUUGAGGCCUGGAACGUCGACUCGCGGCCCUGUCUCAACAUGGACAUUUCCCGCAUCGCCGACCCGGCCGUCGCGCCGCCUGGCGGCGGCUCCUACUCGACCGUGCACUUUGCCUUUGGCAAUAUUACCAACGACUUCCAGGUAGACGCCAGCGGCGCCCAGGGCCAGUUUGACGGGCUCAAGAAGCUACAGGGCAUCCGCCGUAUCAUUUCGUUUGGCGGCUGGGGCUUCUCCAAUGCGCCUUCCACUUACGGCGUCUUCCGUCGGAUUGUCCACAGCCAGGGCAGCCGUGGCGUGGCGGCCAAGAACAUUGUCCAGUUUGUAGUCAAUAACGGACUCGACGGCGUGGACUUUGACUGGGAAUACCCGGGUGCCACUGAUAUCCCCGGCACGCCUGCGGGCGAUCCCGUGACGGAAGGCAGCAACUACCUCGAGUUCCUCAAGACGAUGCGCUCUCUGUUGCCUAAGAACAAGACGCUGUCUAUGGCCGCACCGGCCUCGUACUGGUACCUACAGCACUUCCCCAUUAAGGAUAUGGCGCAGGUGGUCGACUAUAUUAUUUACAUGACUUAUGAUUUACACUGCCAAUGGGAUUACGGUAACCAGUACUCGACUCCCGGUUGCAAAUCAGGCAGCUGCAUGCGCAGCCACGUCAACCUGACCGAGACCAUGACGGCGCUGGGCCUCAUCACCAAGGCCGGUGUCUCGUCCGACAAGGUCAUUGUGGGCAUGGCCCGCUACGGACGCAGCUUUGCCAUGAGCCAAGCCGGCUGCACGGGGCCCAUGUGCACGUUCACGGGCGACCGGCUCAACUCGAAUGCCGCCCCGGGUCCCUGCACCAAUACGGCCGGCUACAUUUCUAACUUUGAAAUCAACCAGAUCCUGAUGAGCGCCGUGGACCCGGACACGUACGACGCGCGCAGCAUCCAGCAGUUCCAGGACGAGGGCGAUAUCCUCGUAUACGACGACAUGCAGUGGGUCUCGUACCUCACGGACGACAGCUACAGCAGCCGUGCGAGCAAGUGGCGCGGGCUCAAUUUUGGGGGCACGUCGGACUGGGCCGUCGACCUCGUGGCAGACUUUGGGCCUGGUGGCAACGGCAAGACGGCCGACGACGGCACGGGUAGCGACGACGAUAACAGCGACGGCAGCGGAACGAUGCUGUGCGACGUGAGUAAGGUGUACACGACCUUUGACGACCUGGCCAAGGACGUGGCGGGCGGUAUGAGCAGCCACUGCGCCAACUACUUUACGCUGGGCGUGCUCGGCAGCAUGCUUGACGACGCGUACACGCGUUACAACGACGCCAACAACAGUUACGACGCUAAAUUUGGCGACUAUGUGCGUUACAUGAAGAAUAUGGUGCCGGCCGUAAUUGACAACUUUCUCGCCAUCAAGGGCGACGGUCUAAAGUACUUCGACUGCGCCCUUACCGACGACUUGACGCCCCUAACCAAGAAGGCGCCCUGCGACCAGAUAAAGGAGUCGAUCCACAAGGGCUUCGUCAAGGUCACGCUAGUCUUGCGCGAUGCCGACGGCUUCGCUGCUGAGCUGCUCAAGGACUACGGCAUCCCCGCUGACUGGCUCGACUUUAAGGGCACCUACCACGAAACCGAGACGUGUUACUCCGACGACACCACCUCGUGCCCGCUUACCGCCGGCGCGCGCGAGUGGUACGGCUACCCCGAGGUCAAGGCCGACGUCGUUAUCCCUAACCCCAAGGACGUCAUCACCAACACUAUUGGCAACGUCGACGACUUGGAGAAUGCCCUGCUCGCCCGCCGCCUCGACGUUAUACUCGGCAUCUUUGACGGCCUCGCCGCCGAUGUCGUCCAGGUCAUGUCCGUACCCGUCUUUUUACUUGUCCAGGCCGUCGACGGCAUGGAGCAGGUCAAGGUGCUCGCCGAGAAGCAGGAGGAGGAGGACAAGGAGAAGCGUAAGAAUUUCAUCCUGGAAAUUGUCGGCGCCCUGCUCUUCGUCGUCCCCUUUAUCGGCGAGGAGGCCGCCAUGGCCGCCGGCCUGACCAGCCUCGCGCGUGCCGUUACCAUCAUCGGCGAGCUCGGCAACGCCGCCUUUGGCGUCUACUCGGUCGUCGACGACCCCAGCUCCGCCCUCUUUGCUGUCAUGGGCAUGCCCUUUGGCGUGCGCGGUAUUGCCAAGAGCGCGCGAGACGGCAAGGGCUUCCGCGAUAUGGCCGACAAGCGCGCCGGCUGGGCCGACGCCGACAUUGCCAAGCUGGGCAGUGGCUUUAAGGCCCGCAACGACAAGCUGCAGAGCAUUGUCAAGGCCUGCCGGCGGUAG